UAGUGCAGAUGUUGCACAGAUUGUUCCGGAUAAUUCACGAACAACAUCGAUUGUUAUUAAAAAUGAAAUAGAUGUUAAACAAGAGCCGGAUAUAAAUGAUAUGGAAACAGUAUAUGGUACCUAUGACGAAACUACUAAUUCUAUAACUUUUAUUUAUCCUGGUCAGGAAGAUAAUAUAGCCAUACAAGAAUGCGUAGAAGAAAUAAGUAGUUCUGAUAAUGCUUAUCAUGUCGAUGAUGUAACAUCUAUGACAAUGCAUCUUUCUUGUUCAGAUCAAUAUUCACCCGCUUACACAUGCACAGACACUAUGUCACCUUCGAGCAUAUAUUCAGACAAUGUUGAUGCAUCGUUUUCUUCGAGUAAAUCAGAUGCACAUUUUUCGGAUGGUGGUUAUGAGUCUCACGGUUCCCCUAGUCCUGAUAUACAUAAGAAUAAUAAUAACAAGAACAGUAGUAACAAACAUAAUAAUAUAUGUUUAACAGAUACUUGGCAUGAGAGCUUCACAGAAUUAUUUCCAAUGUUGCUUUGAAAUUAAAGCAUUACUUAAAAUAGAAAUUUUAUUGUUUCAUCUUGAAUUCAUUGUGAGAAUAACAGAUGAA